AUGUGUUCCAACUCAUUAAUCGGCUCUGAAAAUUGUGCUAGCCGAACUUUGAGAAUAUUUUCCCUUGAGAACAUCACUAGAUGCGAGAAACUGGAUUCUUCUAUUCUGGUUUUUUGUUCCAAGACUCCCGUAGACAUUGAUGCUAAACGUAUCAGACUGCAAUCAAAUAGUUAUACUACCACCACCCUUCUGGACAUAGUGACAACUGCAAUGUUUCAGGCUAAGGAGAUUGGGGGAAGUAGACAGGAUUGGAUUGUCAACAUGGAUUGUACAGGACCACAUGAGGAUCUCGAAAUCUAUCUGGAAGCAAUUGAUCAACUAAGAGGCAGUAUUAAGUUUUUCAGCAACAACAAGAUGUUUAAGAGUACUGCUACUGGAGUUAUUGGCCAUGCUCACAAUUUGCUCUCUAAAGCUUUAUCAAAGCUAGAGGAUGAGUUCAUACAUAUACUGCAAAACUACAGCAAGCCAAUGGAACCUGACGGCUUUUUGAAUGUCUUCCAAGCAAUCUUAGACCAUCAACAGAUGGUGAUAGGAGGUGGUGGCGGAAAGAGUCGU